AUGGACAUCGUGUGGCGAACCUCGAUCGCGCAGGCGGCAAUUGCCGGUUGCUGUUUUCUGUUAUAUACCGCCCGCGGUCUAUUUUCUAAAGGUCCUCAAUGGACCCGUCCCUUUGCUAAAGAAGAGGCACUCUUGCCUGGUAUCCGUACGAGAUCUUGGAAUUUUUGGAAUUUCUUCCUAUUGGCUUUAUCUACAGUCGGACUUGCUUUGGCUAUUUUGACCGCUAUAUCACCGCCAUUUAACACCACCAGGAUCUUGGAGCUAGCACCAUGGGUUGUAGCUCUAUUCAUUACGGCUGCGAGCCGUCCCAAGAAGACGCCGAAAUCUUUACUAAUUCUAUUUACUACCACCGUCGUGUGUGGUCUAAUAUCACUUGUGUCGUGGUACGGUGAGACGGAGCGGGUGAACAUUAUCCAUGUCGCCUCUGUCGGUGUGGCGUUCGCCGCUCUAUUUCUAAUCAUGUCAAUGCCCAUGCGAGACCCAGACCUAGAUCCAACGGGUAUCGCAAAUUCUCAUUAUCCUCCUACUUCCCAGCUUCGCAGCCCCGAGGAUAAUUUGAGCUUAUGGCAAUUCAUGACUGUCUCGUGGUUGUCUCCGCUGAUCUCUCGGGGGUAUAAAAAUAGAUUGGAUGACGAAGAUGUCUGGUUACUACCAUAUGACUUUCAGCAUGAAAGGUUACAUCUAUUAUUUCGAGAUCUUAAGGGUUCUAUAAUAAACCGUUUGGUUAAAGCAAACGGGUUGGAUUUGAUUAUCAUCACAUUUUUGGGACUUAUAGAAACAGCGGCUAAUCUUUCAAACCCGGCUCUUCUCCAGCGCUUGCUACAAUCUAUCGAGAAAGGCCUCACCCAUAGAGAUGAGUCUUUCUUCUACGCGUUAGCUAUCUUGCUAGUCCGUCUCGUCGCAUGUCAGUCGGGCGUUUUUCUUCUUUGGUAUAGUCGGCGCGCAUAUGAACGGUCGCGGGGAGAGCUACUAACAGCGGUUUAUGCUAAAACGUUGGCGCGUAAAUCAUUUGGGCUUCGCACAGAUCUGGUUGAGGCUCCUCAAAAGAAUGGUAUUGAGGAUGGCGUUGACGAUAACAUUGAGCCGGGAGAGGAGACGUCGCUGCUUGGUAGGAAGCCCAAGAAGACGCGAUUAGCUCGUCUUCUUGAGUUCCUGAGACUUCGCAGAGCUAAGGAUCAAGGCAAAGCCAAGACUAAACCAGAGCAACCGGCGACUAUGGGCAAGAUCCUCAAUUUGAUGAGGAACGAUGUAUAUGAGAUAGCCCAGCGAUUUUGGGAAUUCCCGAACCUCAUCACGAAACCGUUGCAGCUGAUUUUCUCACUGGUUCUCAUCUGGCAACUGCUGGGAUGGCCUUGUCUUCUUGGGUUGGCCUGGGCAGUGGUUCUCCAAAUCCUGAACGCAGCUUGUGUUCGUUCACUAAUCAAAGUCGAGAAGACUCGAAGAGUUGCGACCGAUGUCAGGCUUCAAGCAACUACGCAAUUUGUCGAGGCUAUUAGACCCCUCCGAUGGUAUGAUUGGCAGUCUAAGUGGCUAGGAAACGUCAUGCAAGCACGGGCGAAGGAACUACACUUGAAGAUUAUCACCAGCUUAUGGACCAUUGGGGUCGGUGCUUCUAACCUUGCUGCCAGUGCCCUUUUCCCAGUGUUCACUUUCUUUGCAGUAACCUAUAUUGCAGGGCGCCCUCUACCAGUCGAUGUGGCCUUCCCUGCUCUUCAGCUCUUCACGAUGCUAGAGUCUAGCUUGAAAGAACUGCCCAACUUAAUAACAGUCCUUUUGAACGCAUCCAUAGCGAUAGGGCGUUUAGAGACAUUUAUGAAUGAACCAGACAAAGAAGAGGGUGACUAUAACGACAUCAACACCGAGAUCGAGUUUCGAGAUGCAUCCUUUGUGUGGCCGACCAAUGGCAAAUUGGUUCUCGAAGAUCUAAACUUACGCUUCCCUACAGGCCUCACUCUUAUUUAUGGCAAGGUGGGUGCUGGAAAAACCGCACUACUUGAUGCUAUCCUGGGUGAGCUUAAUCAGGCCAAGGGUGAUUCUACUUUGCCCAACGAAAUGGUAGGAUAUUGCGCCCAAUCUCCGUGGCUCCAGAACAUGAGCAUUCGAGAUAAUAUCCUUUUCAAUUUCCCUCUGGACAGAACGAGAUAUAACGAAGUCCUGGAUGCGUGUGAGCUUAUGCCUGACUUGGCCAAUUUCACCCAUGGAGAUAAAUCAAAUAUUGGAGAAAAUGGCAUCGGCCUUUCGGGGGGUCAGAAGGCAAGGGUGGCGCUAGCAAGAGCUGUGUACUGUCAAUCCCGAAUCUUACUACUUGACGACCCUCUCGCUGCACUCGACCAUCAAACAGCUCAGUCUAUUGUCCGAAAACUAUUCCGCGGGUCCCUUUUGAACGACCGCAAAGUUGUACUGGUUACGCAUCGGGUCGACCUAUGUCUAUCGCUCGCAGAUCAAGUAGUCGAAAUUGUGGAUGGCAAAGCUCGCAUCCUUGACCCAGAUGAGUAUCCUAGAGAAGUUGAUAUGCCAUCGCAAACUCACGACGUCGCUACCGAGGAAGAAGCCAAAGUAGUCACCGAAGAGCUAGCAAAUGCUGCAAUUCCAGACAAAUUCAUCGAAGACGAGACUCGAGCAUCAGGCGGUGUAGUUGCCAAAGUUUAUUGGAUAUAUAUCAAAGCAGGUGGCGUGACAUGGUGGCUGGCGGUUAUUGGGAUUUUCUCACUUUUCCGGUUCGCCCGCGUGUUUAAUUACUGGUUCCUCAAGGCAUGGGGCGAAGCUUACGAAAGAAUUAAGGCACAGUCCUCUAUAGGCCUCUCUGAUAUGGCAGACCAUAUCUUCGACGGGCUACCAAGCCCUGAGGACGAUGUCAGGCCAUGGCUUGCGUGGUAUGCCGUCCUUGGACUACUUAUGACCAUAUUGUAUGUCUUGACCCAAUGUGGUCUUACCAUUAUCCUAUAUAGGGCAUCGAGGAACUUGUUCGGCAAGGUCGUUGAUCGAGUAAGCCGUGCGACGUUCCGAUUCUACGAUGUCACUCCAGUUGGACGUUUGAUGAACCGCUUAACUUCUGAUAUUGGAAUGCUGGAUGGCGGUGUCAUAUAUCCACUUCAGAAUUUUGCUCUUUGGUCUCUAACAUGGCUAAGUUCCCUAGUCGUUAUCGCUCUAACGACGCCAAUAUUUUUUGCUGUCGCACUUGGGAUGACAGCCUGGUUUAUUGCUAUUUUCAUGCGGUUCUUGCCGACCUCACAGAGUCUGCGCCGGCUGGAAAUGGUAACCCUCAGUCCGCUAAUGUCAAAUUUUGGUAUUCUUGUCGACGGUCUAGCUACGAUUCGAGCUUUUAGGGCACAGUCAGACUUCCAGAACCGUAACAUCGUUGCUACCGACAUGUUUCAGAAAAUGGACCAUUUCUACUGGAGCUUACAAACAUGGCUCCAACUCCGAUAUGAUCUGCUAUCCGCUUUCUCUAUAUUUACUCUAACGAUACUAGCCUUGGCGCAAGGACUAUCCCCCGGCUUAACAGCUUUCGUGCUCACGAGUGCUGCCCAGCUGGUCGAAGCUACUCAUGUUCUGUGUAAGACGUAUGGUCAACUUCAGAUGGAUUUCGUAUCCGUGGAGAGAGUUGCUGAGCUUUUGGAUCUAGAAGAGGAGCCCAAUGGAGAUGUCAAGCCCCCUGCGUAUUGGCCUUCGUAUCAAGACAGCAUCACGUUUGAUUCGGUGACGCUUAAGUACGCACCUCAUCUUGAGCCUUCAUUAGUUGAUGUCUCUUUUACAAUUCCCAGUGGGUCGACCUGCGCAGUUUUAGGCCGAACGGGAUCCGGUAAAUCUACACUAGCACUCGCCCUUCUGGCAACGAUGCACCCCGAAAAGGGGCAGAUCCGUGUUGGCGACCAGGAUAUCUCUAAAGUUGACGUACAUACAUGGCGCCAACGAAUCAGUUUCGUAGCGCAGGACCCCGUACUAUUCCCAGGCACGAUUCGAGAGAACUUAGAUCCAUUAGAGCAACACUCAGAUGAUGAACGCAAGGAGGCGUUACUACGUGUUCUAGGGCCGGAAUGGUCUCUAGAUUCAAUCAUUGAUGUUGGAGGGAAGAACCUUAGUCAGGGCCAACGUCAGCUCGUGGGUAUCGGACGGGCCAUUCUUAGAAAGAGCCCUAUUAUCAUCUUGGAUGAGGCAACUGCGUCGAUUGAUAAGAAGACGGCCCUCGCAAUCCAAGAUGUCCUUUUGGCGGAAUUAAAGGAUAGUACUGUCAUUACGAUUGCUCAUAGAUUAGAAGCGGUCAAAGAUGCCGAUUAUUUUAUUAGAUUAGAUGCCGGUAGAGUGGUCGAAGCAGGACCAGCUGGCAGUACAAGAUAG